AUGUCCUUCCCGCCCUUUGGACACCCGUACGGCGGCGCUUCCCAGUUUCUGGUGUCUGCAAGUUCCAGCGCCACUUGCUGCGAAUCCGGCCCGCGCUCCGUCCCAGAUGUGGCCUCAGGCUCCACCCCGGCGGCCGCUCUCUGCUGCGCAUCCUACGACGGUCGGCUGCUGGGCAGUGCGCGGCCGGAGCUGAGCGCGGCCUUGGGCAUCUACGGAGCCCCAUACGCCGCCGCCGCAGCUGCCCCGAGCUACCCAGGCUACCUGCCCUACAGCCCAGAGCCGCCCGCGCUGUACGGGGCGCUGAAUCCACAGUAUGAAUUUAAAGAGGCUGCAGGGAAUUUUACACCUGGCCUGGCGCAACCAGGAGCCUAUUAUCCCUAUGAGCCGACUCUGGGGCCAUACCAGUAUGACGGGUAUGGAGCAGUGGAGUUGAGUGGCACGGGCCGCCGGAAGAACGCCACCCGGGAGACCACGAGCACGCUCAAGGCCUGGCUCAACGAGCACCGCAAGAACCCCUACCCCACCAAGGGCGAGAAGAUCAUGCUGGCCAUCAUCACCAAGAUGACCCUCACCCAGGUGUCCACCUGGUUCGCCAACGCGCGCCGGCGCCUCAAGAAGGAGAACAAGAUGACGUGGGCGCCCAAGAACAAAGGCAGCGAGGAGAGGAGGACUGAGGGUGGAACAGAGGAGUCCCUGGGCUGCCUGAACUGUGACACCAAAGAUGAAACUGCCAGCCAGGAGGCUCGAGGGCUCCGGCUGAGUGACCUGGAAGACCUGGAGGAAGAGGAGGAGGAGGAGGCCGAAGAAAAGGAGGCAGUGGCCACAGCUGCGGACAGGCUGGCUGAGUUCCAUAAAGACUCGCAGUCGCUGCCCGCGUCCUGCGGCGCCGCUCGGGAGGCCCGGCUGCAGCGGCGGGAGUGCGGCCUGGCGGCGCGCCCCUUCUCGUUCCCGGAGCCCCCGGGGUCGGGAGAAGCUGACUUCCUGCGGGCGGAGCCCGGGAGCCCCACGUUGACCAUGCACUUCCCCUGCAGCGAGAAACCGCGCAUCUGGUCUCUGGCCCACACUGCGGCCGCCGCCGGCGCGGUCGAAGGUGCAGCUCCAACCCUUCCCAGGCCGCGAAGUCCCGAGUGCCGUCUGAUUCCGGGACAGCCUGCAGGCGCGGGCGGCCGGCCCGCCAUCCCCAGAGACUCCGUAUGCGCAGAGUCUUCCCGUGUAGCCAAAGCCUUUGGAAACCGCCCCUUUGCCCCUCAGGGGCUGCCGAUGAACUGUGCGCAGUGCCCGCGGCGGAGGGAGCCCGCAGUGCACUGCCAGUACCCGUCUGGAGCAGAAGGACCUCAGGAAGUCGUCUUCCCAGCCCCUGUCUAUGAGGCCUACCUGCUCCCCACCUCUCCCAACCCCGAGCAGGAGGCUGCAGCCCAGGGUUGUCCCAGGAUCUAG